GUCUCGAAUAGUUUUACCUGCCCAUGAUAAACUUGAGCAGGAAGCUCAUACGCCAAUUAGUGAAAGCCAUCGUCGGCCGUUUCGGCGCAUGAUCCAAAGAAAACAAGCAGAAAAAAGAAUAUUCAAAAUUUGCAACAUACACUACAUGGAUAAAACAUCCGACCACCGGCAAAUGAAAGUGAAACUGUAACAACAAGCAUUCAAAACGGAAAUAGUAGUGUCUCUGCGAAAAGUGAAACCAUUCAUCCGUUUGCUCGCGUUGAAAAACAAAAAUGUUACCAAAUAUGAAAUGACCCACAUAGAAUUUGCAUAAUUUCCGAAAGUGAGAGUUUCCCUGCAGACAGCAACAGUGCCGUGCAGUGUGUGUGUGGGUGCGUGUUACGUGAUCUUCGACAUCUGUCAUAAAAGAUCUGUUUCGGUUACGAAAUGUCUGCGUCAGCAGCAACUGGUGCCCUUCUGAGGGCGGUAUUGUGCGUGGUAGUGAUUUCAAAGCAUGUGUCGGCCGAAGCCGAGCCUCAGUUGAAUUUGCCUCCGUUUGGACAGGUGGGACCCACCAGUAGACCACAGGUAUUACCGAACAGCUAUACGGGUCCUACGGGUGCAGGGUUGCAAAACGGCGAUCCUCGAAAAGAAGGGGACAAUUUUGAUCAAAGCAGAAGCCAACGAUUCGGACCACCGUAUGAUGAUGGUGAUGUCGAUGAAGAAAAUUACCCUCAAGGAAGGAACAAUGACGACCGACAGGAUCGGCAGAAUAGGCCAUUUUCCUACGACGACCGGAACCAGUACAACAACGAAGACUACCGGAACCGGAAUCAAAAUCCAUACGACCGGGAUCGGAACCGGAACCGGUUCGUUUCCGAUGUCGACAAUCCGGAGCUCUACCAAAACCGUCAACCGUACAACCCGAACCAGGAUGAUCGUUUGCGCAAUAAUCCGGACGAUGGUCGGUACGAUCCGAACCGCCGCCCGUUCGUCAGCGAUGUAGACAAUCCAAAUCUCUACCAGAAUCGCAACCGGAACCAGAAUGACGAUCGCCUUGAUCCGAAUCGUAGACCACAGUUCGGACCUCUGAACGAGAACGACGAUCGACCGAGGGAUUCCCUCUUCCAAGGACCGUUCCGCAGUGCCGAAGAAGAACGUCGCUUUCGGGCGGAAACGGAGAAACUUCGCUCCUUUCUGGCCGAUAUCGAUCGGAAAAGUUCGCUCGAGUGUUCGCUCAACGUCGGUGCCCAGUGGAACUUCGAGACGAACGUGAACGAGGCAACGCAGGUGGAAGCGAUUGCAGCCCAACAGCGUUACAAUGACUUUCAGCGGCUCCUGUGGGACCAGAUGAGUCGAGUCGAUCAGUCCAAGAUCUUCGACGAAAAACUGUACCGCCAAGUCCGGUUGAUGUCCACCAUCGGUCCCAGCGCACUGCCACCGGAUCAGAUCGAUCGGUACAACCGGAUUGUGAACGACAUGCUGGCAAUCUUCAACGGAGCUGAUAUUUGUGCCUUCGAACGACCAUUCGAGUGCGGUUUGCGGCUGCAGCCACAUCUGAAAGAUAUAAUGGCCAAAAGCAGGGAUUGGAAUGAGCUUCAGUACACGUGGUUGGAGUGGCGACGCAAAUCCGGUAGAAUAAUGCGCGAGCUGUUCGAACAGUUGGUAGAUCUAACCAAUGAUGCUGCACAGGUUAACAAUUUUACCAAUGCCGCUGCCUACUGGCAAUUCCCGUACGAAUCACGAAAUUUCCGUGAAGAGAUGGAACAAGUCUGGAAUGAGAUACUUCCGCUCUACGAAAUGAUUCAUGCCUAUGUCCGUCGAAAGCUCCGCGAGUUCUACGGUCCGGAUAAGAUCAACCGGAAUGCUCCCCUCCCAGAUCACAUCCUGGGCGAUAUGUACGGUCAAAGUUGGAACAACAUCCUGGACAUUGUCAUCCCCUACCCGGGUCGUAGCUUUCUGGAAGUCACACCGGAAAUGAACAAACAAGGCUACAAUCCGUUGGUGAUGUUCCAGAUCGCGGAGGAAUUCUUCGUUUCAAUGAACAUGAGUGCACUUCCGCCGGACUUUUGGCUGACGUCGAUCUUCACGCAACCCCCCGAUAGGCCCGUGCUGUGCCAACCUUCCGCAUGGGACUUUUGCAACGGAAAGGACUACCGCAUCAAAAUGUGCACCUCGGUGAACCACAAGGACUUUAUUACCGUACAUCACGAACUCGCUCACGUGCAUUACUUCCUGAACUAUCGCAACAAUCCUAAAGUGUUCCGCGAUGGUGCCAAUCCGGGAUUUCACGAAGCCAUCGGCGAUGCCGUAACGCUGUCGGUUGCCUCACCGAAGCACCUGCAAAAUCUCGGCCUGGUGCAGAAAAACGUGGACGACACGGCGCAUGACAUAAAUUUCCUGUUUUCUCUGGCAUUGGAAAAAGUGGUUUUCCUACCGUUUGCCCUUGCCCUUGAGGCCUGGCGGUACGACAUCUUCGACAAGCGGGUCCGGAAGGAGCAGUACAACUGCCACUGGUGGCUGCUGAGGGAGCAAUACGGAGGUGUAAAGCCACCGGUAUUGAGAUCCGAACUUGACUUUGACCCCGGAGCAAAGUACCACGUGGCGGCUAACAUUCCGUAUGUCAAGUACUUCUUCUCCAACGUACUUCAGUUCCAGAUCCACAGGGCAAUGUGUACGGCCUCGCGUCAGUAUGAUCCACUCGAUUCGAGCAAGCCACUGCACAAGUGCGACAUCUAUCGGCAACCGGCGGCGGGGAAUAUCCUCAAACAACUGAUGGAACGAGGUGCAUCGCAACCGUGGCAGCAGGUUCUUCAGGAGGUAAUUGGCGAAGGCCGGCUCGAUGGGACGGCACUGCGGGAGUACUUUAGGCCACUGGAGGAGUGGCUGCGGAAUGAGAAUCUCCGUACGAACGAGUUCGUUGGCUGGAUCUACGACGGGGACUACUGCAAGCACAGUAUUGAGACGGCCAAUCUACAGGUGUACGGUGGUUUCUACAAUGCUGGAGUCCAGCUGCAGCUCAGUGUGGCACUGGUAAUUGGAUUGUAUAUGUUUGUCCAAGCGAACGUGCACCAGUUGAGGCUGCUAGCUUAGCGGUUCAGAGAAAUGUGAAAUGGUGGCAUUUUAUUUUCAGAUGAGUACA